AUGAGGGCAGCCGGCCCUCUUUUACUUUCCCAGUCUCCCUCAAUCCUAUCAUCCCUCUUCCUCUUGCCCUCAGGUUCAGGCUUUGUUUGGUUCGUUGUCACCGCUUCUGAACCCUCUCCCGGAGGGGUUCGGACAGGGACUAUACAGGGGAUGGACAGGGAGACAAGCAAAGAAACCCGGGGAAGUCUGAACCGCAACAAGGAUUUGAGUGACCCGCGAGAGUCUGAAAAUGGUGGUGCGAUGCAGUGUGAUGUGAUGGCCUAG